AUGGCAUCGGCAAUAUUUUGGUUUAUAGAAGUGUUGGCAAUCAUCCUUUAUACCUUUUUGAUGGUUCUAUGUCUAUUUUCAUUUUGGAAAUCUUAUGCUAGAAAAGACUUUUCUGUUAUAUCAAAGAUAUUUCAUUUCUUUAUAUUUUGUUUUGUAUCUGUCAACAAGUCUGAAAAAGAAGGUUCAGUUAUCUAUCUUUUAAAUACUCUUUAUGAAGUUGUAUUAUCAUUAGGAAUUGGAAUUUCAUUUACCAUUACGGUAAUUCGUAUUUAUUUAAAGUAUACAUCUAUUGAUAUAGAUGUUUGUAGAAAUCAAAUUGUUCAACUUCGAAAGAUGUUUAUUUUAUCAUUAAUAUUUGGAGCAUGUUUUGUAUUAAGGAGUAUAAUGUUUUUAUAUAAUCCAGUGACAAAGAAAUUGAUGAACGAUGAAGUAUUUAUAACGUUGGGAUACUUUAUACCAGACAUUGUACCAACACUUUUACAAGUAUAUAUUAUUCACACCAAGAUGAAGAAUGAAGAGGCAGACACCUCUUAUAUUAAUUCAUUGUACGAAAACGAAAUGGAAGAGGAAGAAAGACCUCGUAGUGACUCAUCGUCUGCUUCUGCUGUUUACAACAGUAGUAUUUUAUACAAUUAUACCGAUGGAGAUGACGAUAAUGAAAGUAAUACUCCUCCAACUUCUUCACACAGUUCUUCUAGAAAUUCUUUAGAUCCCAAUCAAACCCUUGUAAAUGAAUCCUCCUCUCUACUCUCAAACAGUAAUAAUUAUUAUGGUAAACUUUAA